AUGGCAUCGUCCCUCUCCACGCUGUCUGUCGCGCGAUCGCGCGCCACUCUCGCGGGGCUGGAUGAGUCGCUCGUGGGCGAGAAGAAGGACACUUCGGUCCCGGAGCUGAUUGAGCUCUCCGACGGCAUCAAAGUCUCUGUUUCUUCUUCGCCGUCGCCGCUCUUCGAAGAUGAAAACGCCUCGAAAUCACAACCCGUCGUCAAAAUCGAGAAAGUCGUGAACGCGUGGGGCAGUGCAGCGGGCGCAGGCAGCGACUUCUUUGACAAGUAUCGCGUGACGAGGAACGCAGAGAUGAAGCGGCUGGAGCAGAUGGAAGCGGACUGGAAGAAGAAAGUUGAGGCUGAAGAGUUUCACCUGCAGAGACACCGGCGGAUUGUAGAGACGCAGGAGAAGAACAAGGCAGCCCGCGAGCGUAGAAGGCGCCGAAAAAUGAAAAAGAAAAGUGGUCAACGUGCGCCGGCGGAGAGCAAGACGCCCGAGGGUGAGGCGGCAGGCGACGACAGCGAUGAGGAAGAAGAAAGCGGAGGCGGUUUGGAGACCGCCGAGCGCGCCCGCAAACGUCCACGCAAGGAGGACGACGAGGGCGAGGCUGAAGAGGUCACGACUCCCACGCGCAGAGACGACGAGACGCAGAAAGCGAAAACACCGGCGGACGCCGCGUCGGCGCACGCCAGCAGGGGAGAAGAAGACGCGAAGAAACGCAAAGCGGAUGUCGAGUCCCCCUUUGAGCAGCAGGCAAACGCGACAGACGCAACGCAGACAGAAAACGCCGUUGAACGCAUGAGGCCUGGCAUGCUCAUCGUCAAAGACGACGAAUGGUAA